ACCGUGUCAUCCCUCUUCGUCCUCUGUUGGUCCAGCUCGCCAUGUCCUCGCGUGUACACAUCGCUCGGCCAGCCUCUGGAGGCUACCAGCCUGACCCACAUGGCUUCGCCAACUCCCGUCCGUCUUCUGGUUACAGGGCAGCGAACCCGGACGACCCAAUCGAAAAGAUUCGCGCCUUUGCUCGCACAGCGGAGGACCAGAUCGAUAUAUACACCCAGCCGUUGAAGCCACACUUGCCGGCAGUUGGCAGGUUCCUAAUUGUCGUGACUUUCCUCGAGGACUCGUUGCGCAUCGUCUCGCAAUGGGGUGACCAGCUCUGGUACCUGCAGAAACACCGGCACUUCCCGUGGGGACUUUCGCAUCUGUUCCUGGCACUCAACGUUGUCCUUAUGCUGGCUGGCUCUGGGGCAGUCAUAACGAAGAAACACACUGAAUACGCCGUUGGCGGUCUCCUUUCCGUCGUCAUCAUGCAGGCGGUUGGCUAUGGUCUCAUCUUCGACCUCAACUUCUUCCUGCGCAAUCUCUCGGUUAUCGGCGGUCUCCUUAUGGUGUUCAGCGAUUCUAUGUACACUCGCAAGACGCUGUUCGCUGGUCUCCCAACCUUGAGUGAGACGGAUCGCAAGAAAUACUUCUUACUCGCAGGUCGUGUGCUCCUCAUCUUCCUCUUUAUUGGCUUUGCCUUCCGUGGUAAAUGGAGCAUUGGGCGCGCCUUUGUGUCGCUCGUCGGUUUCGCUGCUUGCACGAUGGUUGCCGUCGGCUUCAAGGCAAAGUGGUCUGCGGCGUUCCUCGUUCUUGUCCUCAGCAUCUUCAAUGUUCUCAUUAACAACUGGUGGAGCGUCCAUAGCGCGCACCCUCAGCGCGACUUCUUGAAAUACGACUUCUUCCAGACCCUCUCCAUCGUUGGGGGCCUGAUUCUGUUGGUGAACAUGGGUCCUGGUGGUUUGUCCGUCGACGAGAAGAAGAAGACAUAUUAGUCAGAUGCAAAAGACGAGGCCUCCCAUCGGUAGGCUGGAUUUUAUUCAAUUGAGUUGUAUAUCGCUGCACACGACCGCGAGCCAGGGCGAUAUGCGGGAGGGGGCGGGGAAGCUGUCUUUUUUAUACGUUUUACUCGCGUGUUCCAAUAGGAUGCCUUAGCUGGACGAUUCAAUAUUUAAACAUCGC